GCAGUAAAGAUGAACUGGGCUUCCCUGCAGGAUGUGUUCAGUGGAGUCAGCAAGUACUCCACAGCAUUUGGUCGCAUGUGGAUCUCCAUAGUUUUCAUCUUUCGCACCCUGGUGUUUGUGGUGGCUGUGCAGCAGGUGUGGAAUGACGAAGCCAGCUUCAUGUGCAACACAGACCAACCAGGCUGCACCAAUGUCUGCUACAACCUCAUUUUCCCCAUCUCCCACAUCCACUUGUGGGCCCUGCAGCUCAUCUUUAUAACAUGCCCAUCUCUCUUAGUGGUGGGUCAUGUCAAGCUCUGUGAGCAUAAGGGUUACUAUGUCAAUCCGGGUAAGAAGCAUGGAGGCCUGUGGUGGACAUACCUGUUCAGUCUGAUAUUUAAAGUAGCCAUUGAUGCUGGCUUUCUCUACAUCAUCCACUAUAUCUACCAAGGAUUUGGGUUGCCUAAUCUCUCAAAGUGCAGCCUGUCUCCUUGCCCUAAUGUAGUGGACUGCUUCAUUUCUCAACCUACUGAGAAAAAGAUCUUCACCUUCUUCAUGGUGACCACUUCUGCUUUGUGCAUCCCAAUAUGCAUUGUUGAGAUUAUCUACCUGGUUGCUAUGCAUAUUAUUUUAACACAACACAGACUCUUGUUCUUUACUGACAGGGCAGUUCUACUGCUAAUGGAUGUUUUCAUGACCACCUAAGCAUCUUUAGGUUGACUGGAAGAAUGCAAUUGAUUAAACCAGUAAUGCAAUAACAAAUCAGCUUCUCUAUGUGGAAAUUCAUUAAAAGACAGA